AUGCUCGAACGGGCAACGGGCUGCCUCGAGAACGCGGGACGGCGUUUACUUCAGGAUUCCAAUGGUGUGGUACGAAGCAAGAACUCUCUGCCUAGUCAUAUCUGGAAUUACAAUGCCGCUGGAACAGACACCCCCAACUGGUUUCUCGCGCUUUUGCACGCAUCAGGUCAACGAUCGUCCCCCGUUCUCAAUACCCAACAUGAAGGCAGAGGAUCGAGCGAUGGAAUAGGGCCAUCGCUCGACUUUUUGUACCCUAGACAAGGUCAAGCGCUGACAGUCUCACAUCUGUUUCGCACCCAAAAAAGGACUGGGUCUCGGAGGAAAAGAUCGCACUUGAGCUUCUCAAGAAGUUAUGUUUCCAUUUCGAGCCUUCCCAGGGCUACCCCAGAGGCUUCAUCUAGCCAUGAAGAUAUACCUGAGCGGGCCCAAGAGCCUCAAAAUCCCGAAUCUCCCCAGGAGGACGGGAAAGCGAACGCCGACCUCCAUGCCUUUCUUCAGAAGAAUGGCACAGAAUUCGACAAAGCCUGGGUGCUGUACAUUGCAGCCGGAUACCCAUCGAAGCUCAGGUCUGCCCUCUGUGCUUAUUUGAGUAAAUCGCGUAAUCGCAAGGACCAGCGACGAACAUGGGAGCUUUUCAAACUCAUUGGGCCCCAGGAUCGCACCGAGUUGGACUACAAGAAUGUCAUGAAAUCACAGCUUUUUACAGAAGAUGGGGUAAAACCUCAUCGCUUGCAACGAAUUUGCAAUGAAAUCAUUCGUACGCCAAUGCCAUUUGCACCAAACAUCAUUGGCCUAGCCCUGGUUCACAUGGUCAAAACCAGACAGUGGAAAAAUAUCGACCACGUCUGGAAAAUGAUAUUGCAAGCACAACCGAACAGUCAACUGACAUUGAGCUCCUUGUUGCUUCAAUUCAAUCGUUUCGAGUUUCUUGAUUAUUCCCUCGCAAGGCACCUCCUUACCCUAGCGGAUCAUCUAAAGGAUGAGAAAAAACCUUCAAUUAACGAUUUCGCCCGUCGCUUAGUUGAUCGAUUCAUUAUGUCUCCCGACAUGGUCAAACUUACACCGAUAACGACUUUGCUUCCACUGUUGCGUCAAUACUGUUCCCUCGGCCUUUUGAGCCAAAUACAUUAUUUGGAACUGAUCAAACUGUUCCACUUGUCAGAAGAGAGAUCAGAAUUCGUCAAAUCCGUCCUUCUUUAUCGCCAAUAUCGGUUGGAUUUGCCGGAUGCACUACCAAGUAAAAGAGUUUUGCAUCGGAUGAUUGGACGCUUCUCAGAACUCCAGAUGACGGACUGUCUCCCUUACUUCUUGGACGAGGAGGCCCACUUUUGGGAAAAGCCGAGCGUUUUUGCAUAUAGAGAGGCUCUGAUUGGGUUUUCCAGGGUUGGGGAUGCACCAAAAGUUCAUGAACUAUUCAAUAGCUUCUUGGCAGACCACCCAACCUUCCUUAAGCAACGUGAGAACCCAGAUGUUCACCGAUUGGUGGCUCCACUUCUUGUCGUGCACGCGCGGCUAGGUGAUGUGCAAGAGACCCGACGGCAAUUCCAACGUAUCUCUGCAGAGUUAGGUAUUAAGCCGAACACAGUGUGCUGGAACAUUCUACUUCUGGCGCAUACCACCGCUGGAGAUUUAUCAGGUGCGGUUUCUGUGUUCUCACAGAUGCAGAGAAACAAAAUGCGUUUGAAUUCAUAUUCAUUUGGCACACUGAUGGGGCAUUUCGCCAAGCGACGAGACAUCGAAACUGUUCGUCGAUUGCUCAAAGAGGCGCAAAGCAGCAAAGUGCAAAUUACAAGGCCAAUCCUCGAUACGGUUGUACAGGUGUACCUCAACAAUGGUGAAUUGACUCAGGCAGAGCAGCUUAUCGAGAAAAGCUGGAAUUUGGCGGAUGGAGGGUCUCCAUUGCGAAUGUGGAAUUCUCUUUUAGCUGCAUAUGCGUUCAGGGUAUCCAAGUUUUCCUUCCGGCGCAUCUUGGACCGCAUUGGAAAGCUAGGACUGACACCGGAUGCUAUGACCUACGGGGCCAUCAUGCUUGCCUACGUGUAUGCCAUGCAGCCAGAUCGUGCCCGUGCUACUCUCAGAACCAUGCACCAAACUGGCCUCAAAGCCACCGAGUAUCAUUAUAACAUCCUUUUGCUUGGAUAUGUGAACCAGCGGAACCGCGAUAUGGUUCACGUCAUCUUUCAAGAAAUGCAAACGCGCUUCGGUCGAGUCGCCAUGGAUGCCAGCCUGUUGAACCUGAGAAUGCAGAUUGCGAGAGAUCUGGAGAACGCAAAUGACAGCCAAAUGCCGCUUGAAGACAUUGAAUUGGAGAACGCACAAAAGACACUCGUUCGCUCAAUCACACAAUUCAAUGCUCACCCCUCACCAGUCAAGCACCGAUCAGCUAGUUCGUUCGAGGGUUCUUCCCUAGACGCCUUUACUGCCAAGCAUUAUCAACUACUGAUCCAAGCAUACGGCACAGAGGCUGGUCCCGAAAAGGCACUCCAACUCUUGAAUCAAUACAUGCGACAACGCCAAUCCGAUGAUGCAUUGGAAUCAUUACCGAUCAUAUUCAUCAGAGCCACCAUGCUUGCUGCCUUGCGAGCCCACAAGUUCAAACAAGUGGAAGAGUGUUGGGGAAAUGUCUUGGUUGGUGUCAGUAAGACAGCCGUUACUUUUGACAUCAACGAACUUUUCCCUUCACCAUCGUCAACGUCAGCUCUACAAAGGCCAGCAGAGUCUUCUCGGUCGCUAACAUCCUCAACAUCCACCAAAGCAAAUAAGUCCAAAAUUCUCCCUGCUCACCGUUUCACUCUGGAUACUCCACUCUCGCUUUACUUGCGAUCUUUGGCUUGUCGAGACGAAUAUGAGAAGAUACAUAAAGUUGUGGCCGAAGUCCAGGCAGCAGGCUUUGCAUUGACUGGUUUCAACUGGUCGACCUAUAUCAGGAUGCUCGCGACAUCUGAGAAUUACAACGACAUUACCCAGGCCUUCCGAAUGUUCGAAGACAAAUUCAUUGCUCACUUCCCUGGUUGGCGGUGGUUCCUCAAGGGAUAUGGCGUGAGGCCCAUAAAUGCUCCUGUGACACUUCUUCAUCUUGAAGGUCGCUGGGGUGCGACCAAAUCCCGCAGGAUGAUGGGAAAAUUGGCCCGAAAGCAGUGGCGCAAAAUCGAGCCUGAUUACAUGCACCCUCAUUACCCGACCAUGGUGCAAUUAGCUAGCACGCUGAAACGGCUCCGGCAUACAAGUAUCAUGGAGGGGAAUGGGCACUUAGCCAGUCUCUAUAAAAUUGCCCCAAAGACGAUUGAUGCCCUUGCCGCGAUGCCAUCCGUGCGAGAUAAAUACCAGGCCACAAUCCUUCGCGGCACAGCUUCAAAGAAAGAUAUUAUCGCAAGUCCGAUCAAGCUACAUUCCACGCCCUCCGGUGCUCUUGGCCUCGACUCGAAAGUCAAAAAACGCACCUUUGAUGACGCAAUCCAGGAGCCUUUCGAACUGAAGAAACAACAAUACCCUGAGCGCUCCGCCGUUGACGAGUCGAAUCUCACGGGCUUCCUCACCAAGGCUCAAGAGCAAGCCCUGAGUCCCUUGUCGAGCAUCCUUCCUCGCGAGGACCGAAUUGAGCUUGAGACUGAACUCUAUGAACAAGCCGAAAUAACAAGCAACUGGUUGUCACGAAAUGCGCGCCAUAAAAAGGCCAUCGCUCGCGCACUCGCAAACAAGAAGCCCAAUACCGCUAGGUUUAUCAGACGAUAUGGGCGCAGGGCACGACGCGCCUAUUCCAACAAGCUCAGUCCCGAGCGGCGACUGUUUGACAAGAGCAAUCGCAAGUGGAAGCUGAAGACUCCAGCGUACCGUCUCUUCAAGCCUGACAGUGGACUUCAUGUGAAAGUCGGGCAACGGAAGUCCACUUCCAAAUACAAGAAGAGGUCCUGGACCUUCAAGUGA